AUGCAUCCGCUGACAAAUUGUUUUCUGCCUCUCGUGGUAUUUGCGCUCUGUGGCGGCAGCGUGACAGAGCCAGGUCCACACACACCGACAUACAUCUGGAGAGAUGACGCGACAGGGGAUUCCCUUACAUGCGACAAAUGCGCUCCUGGAACAUACUUACUGAAGCAUUGCACAAAGGACCGCAAGAGCGACUGCGGACCGUGUCCAAAGUCCCACUACACAGAGAUCUGGAACUACAUCGAACGGUGUCAAUACUGCAAUCGUUUUUGCACGGCUAAUGAGAUUGAAAGCGUACCGUGCACCCAACUGCACAACCGACAGUGCGAGUGCAAGGACGGGUUUUACAUGAGACAUGGGUCAUGUUCAAGGCACAGAAGGUGUCCGCCCGGUGAAGGGGUCAUCUCCAGUGGAACAGCACACACUGAUGUGAAGUGUGAACCUUGCCCAGGGGGCUUCUUCUCUGCAGAGUCCUCCAGUAGGAAAACCUGUCAGAAAUUUUCUGUGUGUGCCCCAGGUUAUACCACUAUACCCGGCAAUGACAUGAAUGAUGUUUACUGCGCAGAAUGUACGAAUGGUUCAAGAACACAUGAAGAUGAAGCUAUCUGUGAUGGGGAGUUGAUGGAAUUCCUGGCACUGCAGAUCCUCUCACCAAGAAAGGAAAAAAGACUGGUGGCUGUGCUCAGGAGGAGUGCGGGGAAAACCACAACCAAAGAUGCAACUGUCCUAGACCUCCUCAAAUCUAUUAAGAGCAAACCUAGCAAACCUAGCAAACCUUUUGCUAUUCAAAUGCUUGCUAUCCUGAACACAGACAGGUUGCUCCAUUUAAGAACUAAAGUCAACAAAUGGUUUCCUCAUAUGACUUUAUAGGACUAAUAUAUCAUCACAUAUUGUAAACGUGUAAAAAUAGAUUUAAUUUCUUACUGGUAAGGGACACCCAAGUGUGCGCACCCAUUUCUUUUAAAAUACUAAAAUAAUUACAGGGUAGCCUACUCUACUGACAAACGGAUCAAUAAAAACAAUGUUGCCUGAUCUAUAUAAUCGGCCUACGAAAAGGGGAGACACAAAUACAAUAUGACGUCCAUCUAACCUGGAGGAUGAAAUUACAAUGCGAUUUGGAGCGUAUACCACCCGGUUUCCAGUCAAUUCGCAAAUUUGUCAUGCGGCUGACACGCAGAAAUGUUAAGUAGGGGUGUAAUAGCCUAUUGUGAUAGGCUCGCGUUUUACCGGUACGGUGUACCACCACUAUUUAUUUUGCCUGGACCCCGUACUGGACCGUACUGCCUUAGUUUCAAGUUUCUAGUUUUUAAUGUCACAUCCACAAUACAGUGAAAUGCCUUUCUUGCAAACUCAAAACCCAACAAUGCAAUAAUCAAUAACAAUGUAUUACUAGACAAAAGCACACGAGAAAUAAUAAUAAGAAAUACACAAUCAAGUAAGUAAGUAAGUAAGCAUACUAUAUACAGGAAAUAUUUAAAAAGUCAGUUCCAAUACCAUAUUAACAUGCAGGGAUAGUGGAGUGAUGAAGGUAGAUAUGUAUAGGUGUAAGGUGAUUAGACAACAGGAUA